CCGGUCGCAUCAGGGAGCGGGACCAGAGCAGAGCAGCCACUGACAGCAGCAGACAUGGCGACGAGUGAUGGAGGCGAUUAUUUUAAAAGAACCAGCCUGUUCUGGAUCGUCUCGGUGACACUCGGGAUGUCCUAUUUCACCUGCACCGUGUUUGCACCAGAACAAAUCCCAUUUGAGAGCCUUGGUGUCUUCGGCAGCUUCUGCAAACACCUUGUGGAUAAUUAUGCAAACAUCAUGUACAAAGGGUGGUGGGCAGCCUGGGUUAUCCAUGCCUUCGAGGCCUUUACUGCUCUCAGGAUGUGCACCAACAAAGGGAUCCACGACUCAGCCACUCGCUGCCUGUGGUUCAUUCAGACCUUCCUGUUUGGCUUCGCCUCCCUCGGCCUGCUCCUCAAGUACGACCCCGAGCGUCCCAAACAGAACUGACCGCAGCAGCAGCAGCAGGAGCCGACAGGAUAUCACGGCAUAUGCUGAAUUUAACAAGCCGGUUACUUCCUUGUGCCUCUUCUCCUUCCUCUUUGUCCUUUCUCUGCGAAAUGAAAUCUUGCAGAGCGGGACAACAAUCGGAGGAAGACCCCUGAGCCUUUUUUAGUGUUAACACUAGUUUUGAAGUGGAGAUGUAACUUUGAUGAAUAUGCUGCGAAUAGUUCUCACUUUCUUGUGAUAGCAUCAUGGACGGACCUUUCAUUCCAUAGAUUUUCUCACCAUCGUACCAUACAAAUAAUAUUUUUAAGAGUUUUUACUGAUCACGUUAUUACCAGAGCCUAUUUAAUCAUCAGAGAUUUUCUUGAUGAGUCUUCCUUAGAUGGAUAUUUCAGAGAUUUUAUAUUUAGUGCAAUACAAGAGGAAUCUUUAAAUACAUUUUCUUUGUACACUCAUGUUGUUUACAGCCUGGAUGGAUGGUGGCAUUAGGGCUAUUUUCUCAGCUGCUGUUAUGAACAUCAUGUCGGACAGGUUGGCUGCAGAUGGUUAGUGCCACCAGCCUCUGAACAGAAACAAGAGCUGCUGCAUGUAAAU